AUGACGGGCCGCGUGUGCCGCGGGUGCGGCGGCACCGACAUCGAGCUGGACGCGGCUCGCGGCGAUGCCGUGUGCACCGGCUGCGGCUCAGUGCUCGAGGACAAUAUCAUCGUGUCCGAGGUGCAGUUCGUGGAGAACAGCGGCGGCGGCUCGUCGGCCGUGGGCCAGUUCGUGUCCCUGGACGGUGCUGGCAAAACCCCAACCCUGGGCGGCGGUUUCCAUGUGAACCUGGGAAAGGAGUCACGAGCACAGACCCUGCAGAACGGGAGGCGUCAGAUCCACCACCUGGGGAACCAGCUGCAGCUGAACCAGCACUGCCUGGACACCGCGUUCAACUUCUUCAAGAUGGCCGUGAGCAAGCAUCUGACGCGGGGCCGGAGGAUGGCGCACGUGGUCGCGGCCUGCCUGUACCUGGUGUGCCGCACAGAGGGGACCCCGCACAUGCUCCUCGACCUCAGCGACCUGCUCCAGGUGAACGUUUACGUGCUGGGCAAGACGUUCCUCCUCCUGGCGAGAGAGCUCUGCAUCAACGCACCGGCCAUAGACCCCUGCCUGUACAUCCCACGCUUUGCCCACCUCCUGGAGUUCGGCGAAAAGAACCACGAGGUGUCCAUGACGGCCAUGAGGCUGCUGCAGAGGAUGAAGAGGGACUGGAUGCACACGGGCCGCCGCCCCUCGGGACUCUGCGGGGCAGCACUUCUGGUUGCAGCCAGGAUGCAUGAUUUCCGGAGAACUGUCAGGGAGGUCAUCAGCGUGGUCAAGGUGUGCGAGUCCACUCUGCGCAAGAGGCUCACGGAGUUCGAAGACACGCCCACCAGUCAGCUGACCGUGGACGAGUUUAUGAAGAUUGACUUGGAGGAGGAGUGCGACCCCCCGUCCUACACGGCUGGGCAGAGGAAGCUGCGGCUGAAGCAGCUUGAACAAGUCCUAUCGAAACAGCUGGAGGACGUGGAAGGUGAGAUAACCACCUACCAGGACGCCAUUGAAAUUGAGCUAGAAAACAGCCGGCCCAAGGCCAAGGGGGCGCUUGCCAGCCUGACGAAGGACGGCUCCGUUGAGGACAGCACGUCCAGCUUGCUCGGAGAGGAGGACACGGAGGAUGAGGAGCUGGAGGCCGCGGCCAGCCACCUGAACAGAGACUUCUACCAGGAGCUGCUGGGGGGCGGCGUCCCCGGCGGUGCGGCGGCGGCGGGGGGCCCCGCAGCGGGCAGCAGGCCCCCUGCGCUGGAGUCCCUGCUUGGGCCCCUGCCCACGGCGGCCAGCCUGGGCAUAUCGGACUCCAUCCGGGAGUGCAUCUCCUCCCCGAACCGCGAGCCCAAGGAUGCCUGCGGGGAUGGGGAGCUGGACCUGAGCGGCAUCGACGACCUCGAGAUCGACCGGUACAUCCUGAAUGAGGCAGAAGCCCGCGUGAAGGCCGAGCUCUGGAUGCGGGAGAAUGCUGAGUACCUGCGGGAGCAGAAGGAGAAAGAAGCGAGAAUCGCGAAGGAGAGGGAGCUGGGCAUCUACAAGGAGCACAAGCCCAAGAAGUCCUGCAAGCGCCGGGAGCCGAUCCAGGCCAGCACGGCCGGGGAGGCCAUCGAGAAGAUGCUGGAGCAGAAGAAAAUCUCCAGCAAGAUCAACUAUAGCGUGCUGCGGGGCCUGGACAGUGGGGGCGGCCCGCCCGGGGAGGAUGGCCCCCCGUCCCGGGAGCAUGGCCCCCCGCCCGGGGAGGACACGGCCCCCCAGGGGGAGGCCGCCCGGCCCCCAGAGCGGACCAGUGCCCGGAGGCUGUCCCGGCGGAAGACGCCCUCCAGGAGAAGCCGGCCUGACCCCUCAACCAGCGUGGGCAAGAGGUUGAGGCCGAUGGUGUCGACGCAGCCUGCGAAGAAGGUGGCGCUUGGAGAGGCCUCUGUCCCGAGCGCCCGCUCCCUGGAGGCCGAGCGCGUCAGGCCCGCGGCCGUCGUGGUUGAGAGCGGGCCUGUGUCGUACCACGCGGAGGAGGACGCGGAGGAGGAGGACGCGGAGGAGGAGGACGGGGAGCCCUGCGUCAGCGCCCUGCAGAUGAUGGGCGGCGACGAUUACGGCUGUGACGGGGACGACGACGAUGGCUACUGA